AUGAAUCACGAUUACUUCAACGGCAAGGGCAAGGGCCCUUUGCACCAAGAGAACGAUAACGAGUCCGACAACGAAAAUGCUUCCGCGAACGCGCCCCGGCCCGAUUCUGCUUCUCCGCCACUUGGGAACUCACCCUCCGUCCGGCCCAACUACAUGACCGUGGGCAACGGUACCACAUCCGAGCAUGCGGCGCGUCUUCAGAGUAUGCUAGACGUCGACUCAGGAUACGGCGGUAGCAUCGCUGGCGAUGACCAACGGGCUAUAGCUUCUCCAGCGGCUUGGGAUAUGGCAAUGCACCAUGACCGUCCUGCCUCGGGUGCUGUGCACCAGAUGUGGUAUAAUGCCCACCGCGCGAACCUCGGUCGAUCCAUCAACAAGGUCCUCGAACUGCUUCAAAGUCUUCAAGAGAUGAACGCUUCUUGGCCCGCUCAUUACCCCUCCGUCCAGCGAGCCCGCCGUGAUUCGUCCGAGACAUCCUCCCGCCCCAGUUUCUCUCAUGCCCACUCAACUAUGGGCGAGCAUAGCGCUUCGUCGCCGUCCCUCCGGAACCCUAUGCUUCGUCGAUCCAUGACUUCCGUCGAAGAGAGCACUGCCGAAUCGAGCCGAGCCGCCGAGAAUCGAUCUACACCCGAGCCCCGACUGGUUUCCCCUCAGAUUGCUCAAGAAUUCUCGAUCCUGAAGCUGGACCUCAAGCUUGGAGCACUUCACCAGGCCGAGCUUGUUCACUCGUUGGAAAAGGGUUCUAUCGCUUCGUUACUCGACGGCAAGAUCAGCACCAGUAUCAAGCACCUCUUGUCUCUGCGUGACCGAAUCGAAGACACUGCAAGCAAGGUCCUCAUCACUGGUGACCUCAACGCCGGCAAGUCGACCUUCUGCAAUGCCCUUCUGCGCCGAAAGGUUUUGCCUGAGGACCAACAACCCUGCACUGCCAUCUUUUGUGAGGUGCUUGAUGCUAGGGAGAAUUCGGGAGUGGAGGAGGUCCAUGCCGUUCACAAGAAGGUCGCCUACGACCGAAAUGACGAGUCGACCUACGACGUGUUUCCUCUGCAAGAGUUGGAAAGGAUUGUGGUCGACAACGAGACUUACACCCAGUGCAAGAUCUAUGUCAAGGAUAGCCGGUCCAUCGAUGAGUCGCUUCUCAACAAUGGUGUUGUGGACAUCGCCCUGAUUGACGCUCCUGGCCUCAACUCGGACACGACCAAGACAACAGCCAUCUUUGCUCGACAGGAGGAAAUUGACGUCGUAGUGUUUGUGGUUUCUGCCGCUAACCACUUCACGCAGUCCGCCAAGGAGUUCAUCUGGGCUGCCGCGGCCGAAAAGGCUUACAUCUUUAUCGUUGUCAACGGAUUUGAUGUUAUCCGUGACAAGAAACGAUGCGAGAAGAUGGUGCUGGAUCAGGUUCAAGGCCUGAGCCCCCGAACACACAAGGAAUCAUCUGAGCUUGUUCAUUUCGUUUCCAGCAAUGCUAUCCCCGUCGGUCCAUCGCCUCCCGGGGGCCCUGGAGGCAGUGGCAGCGGAAGCUCGAGUGGGGGCAGUGGUGACCCUGGUGACAGUGAUGACAAGGGCAAGGGCAAGGAUCGUGAGAAGAUUCGUGACUUUGAGGCCCUUGAGCAAUCGCUGCGGAGAUUUGUGCUGGAGAAGCGUGCCAGGUCGAAGCUCGCUCCCGCCCGUACAUAUCUGCUCAACAUCCUCAACGAUGUCCAGACUCUGGCAAAUGUCAACCAGGAGGUGGCUCAAUCCGAACUUGAGAGAGUGACGCAAGAGCUUAAGGAGCUUGAGCCUCAGCUCGAGUCGAGCCGAAAGGCCCGCACCGAGGUCAGUGAGCACGUCGACACCAACAUCGAGGAGACGUGCAAGGAGGUUUAUGACCACACCCGUAUGGCUCUCAACUCGGCCAUUGUUCACUCUGCGAGCGGCAACUACGACGUGCCCUAUCCCGGAAUUCUGAGUGCCUUCCAGUAUGCCGAGGACCUCAAGGAGGCCAUGCUCUCCCGCAUUUCCGACUCGGUGACCAACUGUGAGGAGUACGCCCGCGGCAGGACGGUGCGUGGUGUCAACUCGAUCAAGCAACUGGGUCUUUUGCACGUCGGCGAUGAGUUCCAGAACCUCCAAUUCCGGCCCGAUGUCAUGUUCCGACGCAAGAAGGAUGCCCUCGCUCGCCAGGUCCAUAUUCCCACCGAGCUGAUGGACUUUGUCGACUGGACCACCCUGCUGCAGCGCCAGGAGAAGUACGCAGGCACUGGCAUGGCUCUUACGGUUGCCGGUGCAGUCGUGCCCAAGAUGCUUGGCAUGAACACAUGGAUGGAUCAGGCACUUACAGCAACCCGCCUGCUGAGCAAUGAGAACCUCCGCCAGCUCAUCUUGCCUGGUAUUCUCGUGGCUGCUGUUGCCGCCUCUGUCUAUGUUCUACAGCAAAUCCCCAACUCCCUACCUCCUCGCCUGGCCACCAAGAUCUCGACUCAGCUCAACGACCUCGACUACGUCCACUCCAACGCCACUCGCAUUUCCUCGUCCGUCCGCAAGGUGCUGCGCUUCCCCGCUGACAACCUCCGCGUCGGCCUCGACCAGAGCGUCAAGGACCUCGGGACCAAGCGCGAUGAGACUAUCAAGGUCAAGGGCGAGAGCGAGCGCGCCUCGCGCUACUUCUCCAACCUUGUCCGCCAGAGCGAGGGUGAGCGACUCAAGGUUGAGAGCGUUGACCUCGACAGCCCGCCCGCGGGUGCCCAUUAA